GUUUAAACCUUACAUUAUAAUCAGUAAUAAAGUUGUUAUCUCCAGCUUGUAUUAAUGAUCCUUGUGUCUUAAAUAAAGUGGGAGUUACCAGUUAUAUACACUGUGGCUUAAUAAAUGACAACAAAUUGCUGAUUUAACAAUGUAUAACUGAUGCUAGUCUUUAUAUUUUGAUCCAGAAAGAAAGUAUUUAAAAAGUAUCUUGGAUGAACAUAAUUAUUUACUUCUAUUGGAUUUGUGGCAAGUUUUGAUACAAUUGUAAUUUCAAAAUAGCCGUGGGUUGCUGUAAGUGAAGAUGUGAGAUUUAGGGAUAGUGUUUUUGUGAGUUAAGUUAGGUAUACAAUAACUGUGGAUUUUUGUGAAGAUAAAAUGAAUCCAUGUCCUAAAGUUAUAACAGGACCCCUACAUCUGGAGAACAAGACGGCAUCAGACUGGGGUUACCAAGGUUUUGUUGCUUAUGGUUGCUAUGGUUAUGCUGUAGUGAUUGACCCUGUGACCCUUCAGGUAGUACAGACUUUAGGACCACAUUCAGGCUAUGUAACACAUGUACGAUGGAGUGGUGAGAAUUACCAUCAUGCAUUUGCAACAGGAAGUACCUACAAUCUCUACCUAGCAACAGCAGACGGCACUGGCAAUGUUAUUAUCUGGGAUGUAGUUUCUGGUCAACGACGAGCGGAAUUGUGUGAUACUCAGCCCUCUAAACCAGUUUUAGGAUUAGAAUGGUACACAGGAAAUGAUGAGUCACAUGACCUUCUGAUGGUGUUACGAAAUCCAGACUGUUUGGAAUUAUGGGAUUCAUUUUCUGGUGUCCGGCUCUGGAAGAAACAUUUAGGGGAACAGCUGAUUACAUUUGCUCUGGAUCCAUUUGACAUACAGCGAAUAGUUUUAUUGUGUGAAAGUCCUUACCUAAUGGUGUUGAAUGACAUAAAUGUAACUAGAGAACCGACAGAUGGGUACAGAUGCGUCCGUGUCCUUGAUCCACAGCCUACAGUCUCGGCUUCAGGCAGCCAAAGAAAAUAUUCUACUGGGAGCCUAACGAGGAACUCUUCAAGUUCUUUAACUAAGAUGGCUUCCCUAGCAACUAAUAUGCUCACUGGACCAGAACAAAUGAAGAAAAGUUCAAGACAAAGCAGCAUAAAUGAAGAUGAUCAAGAUUUAUUAACAAGCUGUAAACAAGUUGUGUUUAACCCGGCACACAGACAUAUAGUGCUCUGUGUGUUUGCUACAGAAAUACAUGUGAUUGACCUAGAUGUUGACCUCACUGUCAGUACAAUGAGGCUGGACAGAUCUUCACCAAACUUUGCCAAGGUAAUACCAUGUAGAAACACUGACAUGUUGUUUUGUCUGCAUGAAAAUGGUAGUGUCUCAGUGAGAGUUAGAAAACAGUCUAAUAAUUCAGAGAAGUUUCAAAUUAAAGAUGUUACUAUGGAUAUGACCUAUGACCUUGUAUGUCAGUCUGACCCUCUACGACUACUGCGUCACAGUAAAGUAUUCUCCAUGGUGUAUCAGCCUAUCAGUGAAAAGCAAAUAGCAUUGAUACUGAGUGACAGCAGAGUUAUCUUUCUUGAUGUACUCUCCACUGAAUAUUCUAAACCAGAAGAUGGUAACUUAUCUGACAACAGGCCAAGAUCAAGCUUAUCAGACAUGAUAGGUAGUUCCGUUAUUGUACCACCUGGUGGCAGGAAAAACUAUUUGCAAGGGGAAAUUACUCUUAGGCUGGUGAUGUCAGGUCUGAUUUCUGGAAUUAUCUCCCCUGUUGUUGCCAUAGAAACUGCUCCAGCAGUUGGAGAUCCGAAGGCAGUAGGAAGUCUUGUGGCUGUAGGUAUGUAUAUACAGGUAGUUCAAGGUACAUGUAUAUGACUGAUGGUUUGCUCU